UGUGCGGGUUGUUAAAGAAAUAAUAACAAUAAAGCACAGCAGGCGGCGGCGGCAGCAGCAGCAGCAGGUAGUGGCUGAGAUUAGCAACAAGGUCGAUCAACCCUUCUCCCUCUUUUUGGUAACAGGCCCUAGGCGAGAGUUCGCCCUUGCCCAUCCGUCUCCGCCCCGUUCGUCCGUCCUUAAGUUGGGGCGUUUACAUAGCCGUCUAUCCUUCUUGUACACCGUUUCUGCCCUCAUCUCAAUUUUUUCUCCUUAACUUUUUCAAAAUACGGUUCAUUUCAGAUUUGAUAGCCUCUGCAUUGGGCUCUGGCGCUGGGAAUGCCAGCGAUGCAGAAAACAAAAUUUCCCUCACACAAUUUAAGCUCAUGCGAAUUGUUGGUCGAGGAGCCUUUGGAAAAGUCCGUAUCGUCGAGCAUCGAGAGUCUCACCAACUUUAUGCAUUGAAAUAUAUCAGUAAAGAGGAAUGCAUUCAGAUGGAAGCAGCUCGAAACAUCAUACGCGAACGGACGAUCCUCGAACAGCUUGACCACACUUUCUUAUGCCGCUUGCGAUUUGCUUUCCAGGACGAUGAAUUUAUGUAUAUGGUGACAGAUCUAAUGUUAGGCGGUGAUAUGCAUUAUCAUAUAUCUCGAGAACAUUUUAGUGAAGAUGUGUUGAGAUUUUGGUUCGCGGAGCUUGCAACUGGGAUCAAGUACCUUCAUUGUAAACGCGUUGUUCACAGAGAUAUCAAGCCGCAAAAUAUCCUGUUGGAUGAUAAAGGACAUGUACAUAUCACCGAUUUCAACAUCGCAACGUAUCUGCAUAGUCGAAGGGUUCUGACAUCGAAUUCAGGCACCGGUUACUAUAUGGCACCUGAAAUUUACAAAGGCGGCGGUUACAAUGAAGCUGUGGACUGGUGGAGCUUAGGCGUCACCUUAUAUGAAUGCGUCUAUCAAAAGAGACCAUUUGAGUGCACCACUAGUGAAGAACUUAAAAUGGCUGUCAGGCGCGGCGUUAUCCAUUACCCUGAUGACAGUCCAGUAUCUGGCGAGUGUUUGUCCGUUAUUCAAGGGUUCCUGGAGAUGAACCCUAAUAAGCGAUUAGGUCAAGGCGAUGAAGGAUGGGCUGCACUGGUGCGUCAUCCAUUUUUUCGACCUAUUGACUGGCGACGUCUGGAAACCAAGAGAAUUACACCACCUUUUCAGCCAGCAACUGAUCGCAAUAAUUUUGAUCCCACAUUUGACCUCGAGGAGUUGAUACUAGGCGACACAUCCAUGUCAGCGCAAGCGCGGCGGCAAUUGAAGCAGCAGCAGCAGGCGCGUAUACCCAAAACUAUCGAUGAACAACAAAUGACGAAACGCGAUCGGGACCUGCAGCUCAUCGAAGAAAAGUUUGUGCCAUUUGACUAUACAGUGUUUGAGAAAUAUGAAGGGUUUAAAGAUCCCUUGCGAAUGACGGUCGGAGAUCCGCCAGAUUGGGUGAAGCCGGCCUUUGAGGGAGCUGAACAAGGCGAUUUGUUACCAGUAAAACGAAUCACCACGGUUUCAGUUGCUGACUGGCAACAACAGCCAGACGACGAGGUGGGUGCUACUGCUGCCGCAAACAACAUGCCUUCGGUUGUACGAGGAUCAGGUGCUCCCGUACAUCACCCUCAUCAUCCAAGAUCGCCUGUUGUUAGUAAUAAGCGCGACUCCUGGCGGGGACCUAACCGAUCGGCUUCCACGAGUAACAUCGCUGCAAACGUUGUCGGACAUAACUUCGGUGAUGUUCCAUGGAAGCGACGCAGUCUGGGUGUGGUCCGGGUAAAGCAUCAAGGCGGUGACCAUGAUCUAGCAGGAGCUGAUAACGCCGCGGCUACAGCUGCUGGUGCUACUAGCCCUGGAUCUCCCAGUAGCGCUGUUGGUGCCAGCCUUAGUGAGGAAUAUGCCAUUUCAUUACAAGGCGUACGGAAAAAGCAGAGCACUAAAAGCUUCAGAGAUCGUCGAGAACGUGACAGAAAAAGCAUCAAUCAUCAUGUUAACAUCGACACAACAGAACCGUCCGCAGAAGAACGGUGAUAUAUUCCCCCAGUAUACUACUCUUAUAUUACUAAAGCCGCCAACUAUAUACAUCAAAGCACAUCAGAAUCCUCAUCUUGUUUAUUUUUUUUUCUUUUUUGUUUUUACUAUUUGUUCUGUUAUUUUUAAGUCAGCUCACUCACGCACACAUAUAGUACCGCACACCCAAUUUCCAUAGCGCAUACCUGUCAUCAGAAUAAAAAGAAAGAGCGUUUUAUCUAUAAUAAAGGCAUAUGAAGCAU